CGAUUGUUAGCGCAGUUUCAUUAAAAACAUUGAAGAGAACACAUCUGUUUAGAGAAAAGUCCGAGUCACAUUUCAAAAGCGCAGGCAAAAUAAAGUAGUGCAAAAAUGAAAUUUCAAUACAAGGAGGAACAUCCAUUCGAGAAACGAAAGGCCGAGGGAGAUAAGAUCCGUCGCAAAUAUCCUGAUCGAGUACCAGUGAUUGUUGAAAAAGCCCCUAAAGCUCGCAUCGGAGAUUUGGAUAAGAAGAAAUAUCUAGUCCCGUCUGACCUGACUGUUGGGCAGUUCUAUUUUCUAAUUCGUAAGAGAAUUCAUCUUAGGCCUGAAGACGCCUUAUUCUUCUUUGUAAACAACGUAAUUCCACCAACAUCAGCAACCAUGGGGUCUUUGUACCAGGAACACCACGAGGAGGAUUACUUCCUGUAUAUUGCUUACUCUGAUGAAAAUGUAUAUGGAAGCAAGUAAAUAACAGGAGUGAUAUGUUUAGAAAAGGACUGCUAUAAACUGUA